AUGGAGGAUACCAUUCCUGACAACAAGUACCUCCUGAAGAAAGGCGCCACUGUCAUGACCGUCACUCCAGUCCAAAACACUGACACUUCAGCAUGGGGCCCGACGUCGGUCAGUCCUGAUGAAAAGCGUAAAACUCCCUUCACAUUCCGCCCCUUUGGCGGCGGGACAGUCCUCUGUCCUGGGCGCCAUUUUGUGACCGCUGGGGUCUUGUCAUUUGUGAUUCUUCUGUUGCUCCGCUUUGAUCUGAAGCCUGCAAUCAAGGAUGGUAGGUGGUUGGAGCUGCGAAAGAAGAUGUCCAUGACGGCGGCUAUGCCAGUGCCCAAGGAUGAGAUGCCAGUGAAGCUUGCCCCUAGAAACACACAAAAGGGGCCUGUGGACAUCUCAACAAUAGGUGGGAAGCUGUUUUACUAGAUAUUGC